ACUGUGCCUUCUGCUACACUCACUUAUUCACCAGCAUUUACAGAGACCUUCAUGCAGUAUAUUCACGGGACAAAGGAAAAUUGCAUUGUAGGCUGCGUUUAACUUAUUUACCCCAAAUAAACGUUCGCACGUGAGUUUACGGUUGUAGGCUAGUGGAUGUAAAGGGACAAGGGUCGGAGAAAUGUAUCCAAGUCGGGCAACAGUAACUCACCGUCUUCAGGGAUGUCAAGUCAACGUUCUCCGGGCCAUUGCGCUCCUCCAAACUCUCGUAGGGAUGGCUGUAACUGGGUCCGACAUCUCCCAGGACCCCAGUGUAGUGGCCACCUCCUCCUGGAACACCUCGAACGAAGACCACUUCCUGCGUCUGGACGCUCCCAUGAACAACAUCACCACGUCUCUGGGCCAGACGGCGGAGCUGCUGUGUCGCGUGUCAGGUGACCCCGCCCCCAGCGUACGCUGGCUGAAGAACGACGCCCCCGUGGUGCAAGAGCCUCGCCGCGUGUCCUACAGACCCACAUCCUACGGAUCCCGCCUCCGGAUCCGUAACCUGGACACCACGGACACGGGCUACUUCCAGUGUGUGGCCACCAACAGCUACGGCUCCGUGUCCAGCACGGGGGUGCUCUACGUCAAGUUCGAUCCGCUUCCAACUCCACUGUCAGGAAGACCGUCAGCCUGUCUGGCCGGCACGUGUUCCUCCUGA